AUGACUAAGCUCUGGAAAUGCUCGCACCGAUCUACCCUCUGUUUUUAUUCGAGGCUUCACUGCUCUGCCUUUCCAAGGUACCAGCGCAUACUAGCGACAAUAAUCCUGCUAGCUGCUCUCACCAUCGUAGUCGUCUACGCCAUUCAAAGUUACGCUUAUCACAGACAGCUUGGAAUGGACACAAUUUGGGAUGGAAACGUGGAAGAUUUCACGUACCCCGAAAACGUCACCUUCAUCGUUCCUAACAUCGUGCACUUUAUAAGACUUGGAGAUGCACCGCUGUCCUUCGUAGAAGCCAUCUGCAUGAGAGCCGCGUGGAUCCAGCAGCGACCAGAAGCCUUGAUGAUCCACUGCGACAAGUGCAACGCAACCAUGGAAAGUCCUCUGUGGUACCUCAUCAAGGACCUUCCUGGCCUUACGCUCCGUUACAUCCAAAGACCCACAGAGAUCUUCGGUGUCAACCUCCGCUACAUUCAACAUACUUCCGAUGUGGUUCGGGCCGUCGUGCUGAUGAAGCACGGCGGAAUCUACCUCGACGGUGAUGCCUACAUCGUGAGGAACCUGGACGUGUAUCGCCGCUAUGAAAUGUCGGUCGGGUGGUACCCGGGAGGGAGCGUCGGCACCCAGGUACUCGUUGCACACAAGGAUGCCAGGUACCUCAAGCUCUGGUACGAUUCGUACCGGAUGUACCGCCCCGAGCUGUGGUACUGGAACGCCGGAGAUCUGCCGACCAAGAGGUUCCUUUCCGUGAGACCAGAUCUUGUGAACCGCGUUCCUUACGACUUCGGCGUGAGCGAAGCGUUGGUCGACACUCUUUACAUGGAAUGCAAUAACAAGUGGAGGGCACACUCGGCUUUCCAUCUGCUGCUGCGUCACAGGGCCCGAAUGGUGCCAGUGGACUUUGCGAAGUACGGUACGUUGACAUUGGAGAACAUUCCAAACUACGACAGGAACUUUGGCCAGAUGGCCCGCCUGGUUUUGUCGGGCACCACACGGCUCGGCGCGUCGGAGGUGAAGACUAUAGACUGGUUUUCUAAACAUCCCCUCGAAUACUCCAAGCGUGGCUGCUCCUCAGAUACCAAUUAA